UUUCACCUUUACCAUUGAGAGGGUGUGUUUGUAAAGUAGUGUGUGUAGGUGAGGCACGCAUUGCCACUGCGCUCCCGCGGGCAUCAAGAGCAUCGAAAUGGAUAAGACAGGUGAACGGGGAGACUUUGAAUGGGUCUACAAUGAUCAGCCUCAUACUUCACGAAGAAAAGAAAUAUUAGCAAAAUACCCAGAGAUCAAGUCCCUGAUGGGGCCUGACCCCCAGUUGAAGUGGGUGGUGACGGGGAUGGUUCUCACCCAGCUUCUGGCCUGCUACAUGGUCCACGACCUCCCCUGGAAGUGGGUGUUCUUCUGGUCAUAUGGCUUCGGCGGCUGCAUCAACCACUCACUGACCCUCGCCAUUCACGAUAUCUCCCACAACGUUGCGUUCGGCAACAAGCUGGCGCGCCUCAACCGUUGGUUUGCCAUAUGGGCCAACCUCCCCAUUGGACUGCCCUACUCGGCCUCGUUCAAGAAGUACCACAUCGACCACCACCGCUACCUGGGUGGCGACGGCCUAGAUGUGGACAUCCCCACGGACGCGGAGGGCUGGUUCUUUUGCACACCCUUGCGGAAGGUCCUGUGGCUCUUCCUCCAGCCAUUGUUCUACGCACUGCGCCCUCUAGUGGUGAACCCCAAGCCAGUCUCCAGACUAGAGAUGAUGAAUGCCGCUGUUCAAUUUGCAGUGAACUUUGUGAUAUUCUACCUAUGGGGGCUGAAGCCAAUUGUUUACCUCAUAGCCGGGUCCAUUUUAUGCAUGGGCCUACAUCCCAUCUCUGGACACUUCAUAGCGGAGCACUACAUGUUCUUGAAGGGCCACGAGACAUACUCCUACUACGGCUCACUGAAUCGGAUCACCUUCAACGUGGGUUAUCACAUGGAGCACCACGACUUCCCCAGUAUACCUGGCAGUAAGCUGCCUCAGGUGAAGAAGAUGGCAGCAGAGUACUACGACUCCCUACCACAGCACACUUCCUGGACCCGGGUGUUGUGGGACUUUGUCUUUGAUGACAGCAUCGGUCCCUACAACAGGAUCAAGCGGGAAUAUAAGCUGGUCAAGCAGGAGUAGGUGCCACAUCAAAAGACUUUCCCCAAUAUUCAGUGGUACUGAUUGUCAUAGUGAAACAUUGGUUUCAGCCAGUGGCACUCCAGGCUCCUUUUCACCUCGUUUUAUCAUGUGAUUUACUUGACAAUAGCACACGUGGGCAGGCAAAAGACACAAUGUCAAUCAUUAGGUUUACCAUACUGUGAGUGUGCAGAACAGUGCAGAGAAUGAAACAUUAAAAUGUACUUUGCAGUAAGAGGACCUGAAUUUCAGCUCUGUUUGAUGCUCACCACACAAAUUGUUUUUAAUCAAGAAAAUAAAUAGAUAAUAUUGCUAACCAAUGUUUCUAACAGAAAUGUAAUUGAAUAAAAAGUUAUGUUAUUACAUG